AUGAAACUGUUCCUGGUCGCUCUGUCCUGCCUGGCGGCGCUCGCCCUCGCCGAGGAGCCCCUCCGCUUCUACCACGAGAACGCGGGCAUCCAGCAGGCCGAGCUCAUCAGGCAGACGGAGCAGGCCCUCGACUUCGACGGCGCCAGGAUUGUGGGGGGUUCGGCGGCUAACCUCGGACAGUACUCGUACAUCGGUGGCCUGGUGAUCACUCUCGAAAAUGGCCAGACCUCGGUGUGCGGUUCCUCACUGUUGACCAACAACCGCCUCGUGACGGCUGCCCACUGCUGGUGGGACGGUCGCAACAGGGCACGCCAGUUCGUCGUCGUGUUGGGCUCCACCCGCCUCUUCUCCGGCGGCACCAGAAUCACCACCACAAACGUCGUCAUGCACGGCUCAUGGAACCCAAACACCUUAGCCAACGACGUCGCAGUCAUCUCCACCGGUUGGAUCAAUUACAACAACAACAUCAGGAACAUCGGCCUGGCAUCUGGCAGCAACAGCUUCCAGGGCGCGUGGGCUCAGGCCGCCGGUUUCGGCAGAACGGCUGGCAUCAGCAACAACCAGUUCCUGUCACACGUGAGCCUGCAGGUCAUCGGAAACGCCGAGUGCCAGCGGACCUUCGGCAAUGUCAUCAUUGGGUCCACACUUGCACCAGCGGUGCCGGAGGCAGGAGUACCUGCCAGGGAGACUCCGGUGGCCCUCUCG